UGUGGUGGGGUGAACCUUGUGAUCCUUCCCCCUGCGCUGGCUUCACUGGGCCAGGUGGCUGCUGCCCUGAUGGCCCCUCCCCUGUGCCUAAUCCUCUCUGCCGCUGAACUCUGCAAGAGGUGACCUUGGCCUGGCUGUGGGGCAGAGCCCAGGGCCGUCCCAUGGGUCCAGCUUUGCAGAGCUCCUCUCAUUGGAGUCACAGCCCGGCCUGGCAGCGCCCCUGCGGAUGGGAGGAGUGCACCUGUUGCCAGUGGGCGCUGGUGGUGAGAGCUGGGAAAGGUACAGGCAAGCGGGUUGCUUGCUCCCUCCUGGCAUUGUUAGCACCCUGUGAGCAGCAUGGCACUUCGGCCCAAGGGAGGUGGUGGGCCCUGUGCAGAACCCCAGGGAGAGAGCAGCUUCCCCUGCCCAUUGCGACCCCGAGAGCUAAUGCUGCAGAUCAGCUUCUGGCAGAAACGAGCCCUUGCCCCUGAGCAGCAGUGAUAGGGGAGAUGUUGUGACACUUAGGAGUGUUUCUGUCAACCUGUCUGAGCUUUUGAACGGUCUCAAGUCCCUGUUUCUCUCUGUUUUCUAUUCCCAACCCCCUGAUUCUCCUUCAAAACUUUUGCUUUGUCAUCAUUUGGCCUGUACUUUCUAGCCUAGUCAAGCUGUAAUGGCAGAGAACAUUGGGUCUUAAUAACCAAGCAAAGCUCAUGUACUGAAGAGUAAUAGACUUGUGCUGAGUUUCUUGGUUAUAAUUAACUGAUGCCUUACUGUUUAAAUAGUCUGUAGCUUUAGUUUACAUUAUUUUCCUACCCUGAAGCCAGAAAUGAUGAUCUACAUUUCUCUUGUCUUUAUAGGGACAUAACUUGAAAUAAAAGCCUAAAGAAAAUGACUUUGCUAGAAACUGUAUAUGGUGGCAUAGGGGCUCAACUCUCUUCCCAUAUGAAAAAUGGAGGUCUUUAGUCUAGAAGACUAAAAUGCUUUUGAGUUUGGAAGUCUUAAGUUUAAACUUUCAAGGAGUCACAAAAAGCCUUAGGUUUUACAAUAGUUAUUUCCUAAAUAUUGAACAUGACACUUUUCUUCCCUGGAGAAAAAUCUUUGAAGCUGUAGCCUGAUGUAGGUGUUCUUAUUAAAUACAGUAGAACCUCAGAGUUACGAACUGACCAGUCAACCGCACACCUCAUCUGCUGCCAGAUUAUGCUCUUCUGAGACCAAAAAAGAUGAAGACACUGUUUGAGGAGAUCAAAGCAUCAAUUAAAAAUAAUUAUGAUCCAGAUCGCUCAUUUUGGAGGCCUGUGCUCCCUUGGGGAGGGGUUUUUACUAUCAAAGCUGGCCGGAAAGCUGUAUCUUGCACACCACUUUAUGUUGAAAUAAAUCUGAAAAAUACUUGCACUAUAGAUGGAUUCUUGAUGUUGUUGUAUGUCAUUCUGCAUGAAAAUGAACACUUCCCCAAGGAGCUCUCCCUUCAUUUAGGUAGAGAGUUUGUCGACUACUUUCUUUACUUAAUGGACUCCUAUAAUUUUACAACGGUGAAGCUGCUUUGGAUUUGGGACAAGAUGGAGAAGCGACAGUAUAAAUCUGAAGUUCACAAAGCUUCACUGGAAAUCGAUUUAUUUGGAAAUGAGCACGAUAACUUUACAAAGAAUCUAGAAAGUCUCAUGUCUACCAUUCAAGAGAGCUACUGUUCAAAUUCAAGUUGUCCAACUCGUAUGCAGGAAGAUCUGCAGAGAACAGUUAUCAUAAAUCCUCCCCAAGAAAUUCCUCAUGGAGACUUGAUUCAGCGGGCAGUAGAUGAAUUAUUCUGUUCCAAGAUAGAGCUGUGUGAACAGUAUGGAUGUGAUGGGUUAAGAGAGUUCACACAGAGAGUUUUCUGCCAUGGGGCACCGCCUUUUGUUGUUUUAAAUAUGCAGCAGUGGAAGCCAGAAGAACUGGCAUAUGUUCCAUAUCAUUUGGAUUUAUCUGAUCACAAGUACUUAUUGGAAGGUGCCACGUUGUUUAAUAAAGAGGAGCAUCAUUAUUCUGCAGCUUUCCAGAUUGAUGGGUAUUGGAUACACUAUGAUGGCCUCAGAAAUGUUAACUUAAUUUUGUUAAAUAAACCCCCAGAAUUUCUUCUUUUGUCAUCUCUAGUUUAUAUUAGAGCAGCAGAGAAUAAAUGACAUAUCUAGACUAUGGAUACAAAGUUAAAUCAUGUUCCCUUCUCUGCCACCAAUGCUGGCCCAUCCCAAAUGGAGGUCUGUAUUUUAUGUAUACUUGGUAUCCAAGAAAAGAGUAGAACUACAGUAGUUCUGGUAUUGUAUCAUCCAAUGCUUACUAUAGGUAAAAAUUUGAAAUUGGAAACACUAUGCAAUUUUUUUAAACAUUUAUUGAGCUAUUUUUAUACAGGCAAAUUUUUAUGCUACAAUAAAAAAGCAAAAACCAA